AUUAUUAGCAGCCAUUUUACAAAUUUUCGCCUUGGAGACUUGAAGAGUCCUCAAUAUACAUUAGCUUGGACAAACAAAUGGUUCAGGCUAUCCUUACUUCUCAAUCUCAAAAGUCACUAAGUAGUCAAGAUAUUGAGUCUAUUGGGAGUCAAGGAAGUAUGUCAGCACCUACGCUUGAAUGGGAUUCAAAUGAACAAUCGUCAGGAGAGGAGAUUGAAGUGGAAAAAACUAAAGUUUGGGGCAAAUUAUUUCCAGUUGGAAAACAUUUUGAGUAUCUAGGCGUCACAGAUUUAAUUCAGGAAAGCUACUCAGUCGGUAGAGCUGACGACUGUACAAUAACACUACAGGGUGAUGAUGAUCCUAAUUUCUUAUUAUAUAGUAAAAAACAUUUUGAGAUACGUCGGGAAAAGCUUAGUACAGGCGAACACGUGUUUUUGUUGGACUGUAGUAGUAAUGGAACACUUGUUAAUGGGGUAAAAGUUGGGAAAAACAAUAAGCAGGCAUUAAAUAACAACGAUGAAAUAUGUCUGACUAUAAAGAAACAGCUUGCAUUUAUAUACAUGGCAUCCGAUUCCAACGAAGAUGCGCAAUUCCCUAAAGAACUUAGGACAAAAUAUACAAUCUCAAAGGUUUUAGGAAGAGGCGCUUGUGGUGAGGUUAGACUUGCUUUUGAGAAAGGAAGUUGCAAUAAAGUCGCCAUUAAAAUUAUCAAAAAAAGAAAUUUCAGCCAGAACACAAAAAUGAUGAGCAAGGAACAAACCUUAAACGAAGUUCGAAUUUUGAAGGCUUUAAAGCAUCCGUUUAUUAUCAGCAUAGAAGAUGUAGUAGAUACCGACGAUGGAUUAUUUAUAGUUUUGGAACUAAUGGAAGGUGGAGAGUUAUUUGAUAGAGUUGUUAGUGUUGGUCAGUUGGAAGAGAAAGUAGCCAAAUUUUAUUUUUAUCAAAUUGUUCUGGCUAUAAAAUAUUUACAUGAUCAAGGUAUCACUCAUCGUGAUUUAAAGCCAGAAAAUAUCUUGCUUCUCAGUGAUAAAGAGGAUACUGUUGUAAAAGUAACAGACUUUGGGCUGUCAAAAUUUGUUGAUUCUAAAACUCUCAUGACAACAUUUUGCGGAACUCCAAAUUAUUUAGCUCCUGAAGUGCUUAUUACGAAUGGAAUGGGCUCCUAUACUAAUGCUAUCGACUGCUGGAGUUUAGGAGUUAUUUUAUUUAUUAUGUUGGUUGGAUAUCCGCCCUUUUCUGAUGAGAGAACUGAUAUGGAGUUAUCAAAACAAAUUAAAGAAGGAAACGUUGACUAUCCAAAAAAAUAUUGGAAUGGAAUUUCAAAGAAUGCUAUCGAUUUAUGUCGGAAGCUGUUGACUGUUGACAUAAAGAAAAGAUACAGUAUGGAGCAAUGCCUUACACAUCCUUGGUUACAGGAUGAUAACAUUAAGGCAAAGACCCGCAAUAUCUCAGGUGGCUUGAUGUUACCACCAUCGAGCUUGCCAAAAAAACGUAAAGGAGAAAUUGAAACUUUGGACAUUCCAGCAAAAAAAUGA